GUGGUUGCGGCGGCGCUGCUACUGCUUUGUUAGAUCUUGUUGCUGUAAGAGGGACUAUCCAGUUGGUAUGGAGGAACCUGCACAAGAGCAGCGUCGGCUCAUGCAGAUCAGGUCCAAAACGUUGCUAUCUGAGGUUUUGAGAGGCAUAGGCGCAAAUGAGGCACGAUACAGUUGCCGUGCUGUAGCAGAUGGCUAUGUUGGGUUUGCUGAGGCAACUGUUUAUGGUGCAAGAGGAGUUGGAGAGCCUUUUGUUGUUCGUGCACAGGGUAUUUCAGCUAUAAGACCAUGCGAUGCGGAAGAAAGCGCUGCACAUGCUUUAAUUUCUGUUAUCAAGAAAGAAUGUAGUGUGGAGUUCGAUGAUACAAACUGGUUUGACAUGAAUCACUAUCAUGUUGAGACAGAGCGACUGAAGAGAGCUCUUGGGUGAGCUAGGAAGAAAUGCAAUACUCUUGCAAAGAAGGCACGGUUGCUGGAAAUCGGCUGGGAUAGAGCUUUAGAUUCAUUGGGUUCUGUCAACCAAAUAUGUGAUGACAUAUGUUCUUCUGUUCUAGGAGGUCCUGAUGCUGAUGAUCUUAGUCAUCGUGAGGUUGGAGUAUUAUACGAUGUGCACCGUCUUAGUGAAUAUGCUGAAUCUUUUGUGGACGAAGGGUUGGCUAAUCUUACCAGUGUUGCUGCUAGAUAUAUCUAAGCCUAAGGAGACCUGCAUGGAUUGCUUUUGGGAACUAAGCUGAGCGAAAACAACAGAUGUUGUGACUGAUAUUAUGUCUAGUAUUUUAUCAGUAGGGAUCCUGCAGUUGAUUGUAAUAAGUGUCUGUUAUAUAGCAGCAGUUGUGUAUAGCUGGGUGUGUAUGCAUGGAACAGCAUGUAGGCAUGAUAUAUGGUGGUUAUGUAUUUGUCUAUAGUAUAUAGUCAGACAUAUGUAAUCUGCGAUGGAAUGGUAGUGUAAGCAGUAAAGCCCUAUAAUUUCUAUGUAUGGUGGCUAGCUAUGUUUGUCGGUAUCUGGAAAUUCUUGAAUACUAUAACAGCGCGAUCAAUUAAUAUGUA